UUCAAACAACCAAUCACGUAGUGAAAUACUCCGCAUUCUGGAUGAACUGACCAAUUAGCGCGGCGCUCACACCAACGUCUCUUCAACUUCCUAGCGGGAAGCAGCUAACGGGGAAGUGUCCACAUACAGACCGAAUCGAUGGUAGACUCAGCAGCUCACAGAAGCAACAUGAGACUGUCCCGUGUUGAAUAUAGAGAAAUAGCGAGGUGGACCGAACAUUUACGACCCACCCGUCAAUGUAUGAAGAUGUUGAAGGACAGAUUUCCAAAUCACUCGCAGUCCACUCUUCUGAGCAUCUUCUCCCUGGAGUACCAGAAACGGACCAAAAGAACAAUCUCAAGACAUCAUGCACCGGAUGUUAUUGAAAGCCACUAUCAAAGGUAUCUGAGUGAAAGCAAGGCGUAUCCCAGUGCUCCUGUCCUGCUGGAGUUGGCCAAUGAGGUGGAUCUGUCCCCUGCACUGAUGGCUCGAAUCAUCCUGGACAGAUUCCUUCAGGACCUGGAGGGUGAAAUGCCCACUAAAACAGUCCUCAACAGCAUGUUGAAGGAGCCGUCUUUAAUUCAGGACCAAAUUUUGGCCAAAAACAUCCACCAAUGCACAAUAAAUGACUGCUGUUAUGGACCGCUGGUAGACUGCAUCAAACACGCUAUUGGCCAAGAGCAUGAGGUGCUUCUCCGAGACAAGCUAAAGGAGAGAAACCUUUCCUUCCUGGAUGAAAACCAACUGAGAGCUAUGGGCUAUGACAAAACACCUGAUAUCAUUCUGGAGGUUCCAAUUGCCGUCGAGGGACACAUCGUGCACUGGAUUGAGAGCAAAGCCUCCUUUGGAGAUGACCACAGCCAUCGCACAUAUCUCAAUGAGCAGUUCUGGAGCUACUGGAAUAGGUUUGGUCCGGGCCUCGUGAUAUACUGGUACGGUUUUAUCGGCGAGCUGGACUGCCAGAGAGACAGAGGUAUCCUGCUCAAAGAUUGCUUCCCCACAGACAUUGCCACCCUGUGCCAUGCCUCGCAGCAGGACCAGCCGGCAACGCAAGAGCCAGAGUGAGGACAAAGAGUGAGAAGAGAUGAGACGUUGGGACGGGGAGGAUGAAUGGUGGGACAGCAAAAGAAAAGACCAGGAGGCAGGGAGGGCGCUACCGCUGAACAGGGGUGGAUACCUGGAUGCAGAAGUGAUUUGGUUUUUCCUGCAGUGUGAAACUGCUGGCCAAAAGAAAUCUGCCCUGAACUCCACCUGACCCGAGUCUGUCCGUCUCUUUCUUCCUCCCUUUCAAUGCUUUAAAGCUACCGCAUGUAAAUUACACACCAACACAUUGUAUAUCUGACAGUGCUGGAGACUGUCUCGGAGACUUUCUUGGUUGUGGUCAUCAGCUCCUGGCCCCUGGAUGGCCCCCCCUGCAAGUGGACAGCCAGAACGAGAGCCAGGACCAGGGCAGGACAUUAGGCCUUUUCUUAUCACACUCAAAGCCCUGGCCUUUGUCACUCUUUCCUCCUCCGUUACAUAGGCAGAUAAGCGAGGUGU